AUGAUGGACACGAGGGUGCCAAGGAAGAGGAAGAAGGUGAAGAGGAGGCGGGAGACGGUGGAGUUCUUGGCCGAGGGGCAGCAGCCACAGAGCAGGCAUGGUGCAGAGCCACAGAGGCAGGACACCUGCAACAAGAGCAUCCUCAAGUCCCAGGGGUUGAAAUUGCCCCCAAAACACGUGCCCAGGUCAAACGGCGUGGGGUUCGCCACGAGGCAGGUGGCCAGCAUGACCAAACCCACCACCAUCAUCGAGGUGCAGGGCGACAAGGUCACCGUGAAGACCCAGAGCACCUUCAAGAACACCGAGAUCAGCUUCAAGCUGGGCGAGGAGUUUGACGAGACCACGGCGGACGACAGACACGUCAAGUCCACUGUCAAGCUGGAAGGAGGCAAACUUGUCCACGUGCAGAAGUGGGAUGGGAAGGAGACUUCGCUGGUCCGGGAGCUGAAGGAUGGAAAGUUAAUUCUGACUCUCACCAUGGGCAACGUCGUCUCCACCCGCACCUACGAGAAGGCGACAUAA